GAAACCGCAAAUAUUCGUGUGGAAAAUUUUAACUGGAAUAUAAAAAACGGCGAAAAUGCUGUUGCCGGGGGAAGACCACACAAGACGAACGGCGGGUCCUGGCGGGGGGCGAACGGUUUUUCAGUGAGCCCUCAGCUUACCUUUUCAGCCUGAAGAGGUCACAUGGUGUGUAAGGCCCUCGUGUACAAUGGCUUCUGUCUGCGAACUGAGUUGUUGUGAUGAAGGCCACAAUGGCCGAUUCAGAGUCCAAGGACAGCAGCACCUAUUCGGUCCGCAAGGCCUGACGCUGUCUCCUGAAUCACAGGACCCUUUACUGAUGGAUGGCACAUGACCAUGACACCGAGCCCCUCCGCUUCUCCAUCCCCAGCGCGGCUGGCCUUUGUUGGAAGUGAAGCGCGCGUUGUUACGAGCGAGGCCGCCCUAAUUUUAUCCGCUAAUGGGCUCGCCCCACCGCCCGGGGAUCCGAGUCCCCCUGCCAGAAAUAGGGGGGCAGAGUGACAGUGGCGGGGCUUGAGACAGAGCUGGGGGCUGCCAGCCAAAACACAUUCGAGCCGGGUGGAAUUUCUUUACCCCCUGCGCAAAAUGCGGUGCGAAUAUCCACCGCCAUGUUUUUCCCCCCUACGCCCGGCCGGCUCCUCCAGGGGCCUUCUCCAAACACCCCGGGCCACCCACCCACUGCCUCCUUCAACCCCCCGGGCACCUGGAGCUGCUCCUCAACCAUAAAAUCACUGGACCUGGAGAGCCGCAGGUUGUGCUGGGGUCCUCACUCCUGGUCCUGGAGAGCCGCAGGGUGUGCUGGGGUCCUCACUCCUGGUCCUGGAGAGCCGCAGGGUGUGCUGGGGUCCUCACUCCUGGUCCUGGAGAGCCACAGGGUGUGCUGGGGUCCUCACUCCCGGACCUGGAGAGCUGCAGGGUGUGCUGGGGUCCUCACUCCCAGACCUGGAGAGCUGCAGGGUGUGCUGGGGUCCUCACUUCUGGUCCUGGAGAGCUGCGGGGUGUGCUGGGGUCUUCACUCCUGGUCCUGGAGAUCCACAGGGUGUGCUGGGGUCCUCACUCCUGGUCCUGGAGAUCCACAGGGUGUGCUGGUGUCCUCAGUCCUGGACAGGGUGUGCUGGUUCUUGUUAUCACCUUAAUAUCAGCAACUAAUUCAGACCCAAGACAGCAGGUUAGGUGAGUUAACUGUUUAAUCAACCGCAUUCAUUGAUCAAUUAAGUGCUGAGUAACAACAAAAGCCAGCAGCUCUAGGACCAGGAGUGAGGACCACUGGAUUGAUAUAGUCAGGGCUCACUUCCAAACCAGGCAGUACAUCACUGCACCAGAGACGACAGCUUUAGCUCCGAUGUGUUUUAAAUAUCACUUCUUCACUUAUUGUAAUUUGCUGCACUCAUUAGGCAGUCCUACAGCAGGUUCUGCAUGGCAGCUUUUUCAAGUAAAAUACAGCUUGAGCCUGGGUAAAUAUAAAAAUAAUGCAGAGCAAGUGCCAAUGUGCUAGGCAAGAAUUUUUUAAGCUUUCUGAGAGCCAAGACAUACAAAAACUUGAAGAGCAAAGAAUUCCUCCUGACAAAAUACAUUGUGCGUUUAAAACCACUAGCCAAUACUUUGGGAUGCAUAUGCAAAGGGCCACAGUCUGUAAGUACGCAACCCUGAAAAGCUGCAAGUUACAGGGCUACACUGCCAGACCUCUUCGUUCCGCUACCUCUGGAUGCCUGGCCGCCCCCUCGGGCCUCCCCCUCGUCACACCUGCACUUCCUGCUCACGACUGCUGUCUGUUCCACCGUGGUGGAAUGACCUUCCUGUAGACGUCAGAACAGCAGAGUCCAUUCCUGCAGACACCAAUUUGCAAUGAUGGAAUUACAAACCUGUGAUCUCCAAUGAAGCAUCACCUCCUCUCGUUAAACAACCCGUGAGAUUCUGUUCUUUUCAGCCAUGAGCUGCUUGGAUGUUAUGUAUCAAGUUUAUGGUCCACCACAACCGUAUUUUGCAGCAGCGUAUAGUCCCUAUCAUCAUCAGAAACUAGCGUUUUACUCGAAAAUGCAAGAAGCGCAAGAGAGCAUCAGCGGAAGCAGUUCGUUUUCAAGCCACUCCGGGCCAACGAUCAAGGAAGAGGACUGCGCGCGCGAGAAGGAUCUCCCCCCCGAAGCGGAGUACAUCAACUCUCGCUGCGUACUCUUCACCUACUUCCAGGGAGACAUCAGCUCGGUGGUGGAUGAACAUUUUAGCCGUGCACUCAGCCAGCCCAGCAGCUACGUCCCCAGUUCCUCCAGUAACAAGUCUGCACGAGGUACUUCUUGGAGAGACGGAUCAUUCCCCAUGAGUCAGAGGAGCUUCCCGCCCUCCUUCUGGAACAGCGCGUACCAGCCGUCCGUCACAGCCUCUCUGAGCAGCAGCCUGAGCAGCGCCCUGGGGGCCCCGCACACGGAGCUUCCCUUCGGCACGGACCCCUACUCCAGCGCCUCCCUGCACAGCCACCUCCACCAGCCCCCGCCCGAGCCCUGGCACCCCGCCCACCACCACCACCACCACCCCUACUCGCUGGGCGGCGCCAUCGGGGCGCAGGGCUCAGCCUACCCGCGGCCGGGCGUGCACGAGGUGUACGGCACGCACUUCGACCCCCGCUACGGCUCGCUCCUGGUGCCCUCGGUCCGGCCGCACCGCCUCACGCCCGGCGCCGUGCCCACGCCCGGCGCCCCGCAGUGCGACAUCGGCAAGGCCGAGCCCGCCAGCUCGGCUUGGACGGGGGCCUUCACGGGGGCGGCCUCCGACAUGGGCCAGGGCCUCAGCCUGAACGUGGAUGCAGGAUUGCAGGCCCAGGAUAAGAGCAAGGACUUGUACUGGUUUUAGAAAUCUGCAGCUUCUUCCCGCCCUUGGCAGGCCUCUGUGUUUCUCUGCCUGGUAGACAUUGACAGACCCUUUCUGUAACAGAUUCUAAUCUCGCUUACAGCUCGACGCUACACUCUUUGUGGUGGGACCCUCCUGAGCUGAAAUUCCGAUUCUCUGGGCACCCUCCACUAGCGGGAUGGAUAAAAGAGUCUCUCCAACCAGGACAGAGCCAGAGAAAGAGAGAGAGGGAGAAAGAAAGAGAGAAAGAAAGAGAGAGCAAGGGGAAGCGGCAAUGGGACUCAAAAGAACAGCUUUUCAGCGACUCGUGGUGGCGUUGCUGACUCUUGGGCUUUCAGCCUUUCCAGAGAAAGACCUGAUAUGAGAAAAGAAAAGCUUGCCUUGGCCCCGCUCUCUACAACACACAUGUUUAAAAAAAAGACUAUUUUUGUGUGAAAAUGAUGUUGCAACCUGCAGGGAGACUACGGUCAGUAACUGAAGUUUUGAAUUUAGACUUCAAUCUUUGUUGUUAUUUUCAGAGCUGCAGGGUUUUCUUUUUCUUUCUUUUUUUUUAAAGGAACUGAUAAUUGAUUAUCUGGAGAGAUGAGUCUUUUCUAUCGUGACUGAAGUGAGCACAGGCUAUUUGAAGCCUCUUGACUCUAUAUUGCUCCCUUGCAGCUGUCAGUGACAACUGUUCUCCAACUGAACAGUCAUGCAGUCAUGGUGUUACCGCACUGAGUCUGACCAAACAAGUGCUCUGAACUUCGUACAAGGAGCAUUUUGUCAAAUCUGGACCCCCACCUACGAAGAACAACUGCUCUGUGCACCCGGGGGGGGGGGGGGGGGGACUAACUGUGGACCCGCAAUCCCCGUCUAGCUCCCUCGCUGUGUGUGCGUGUGUGUGUUUGUGUGUGUCCGUCUGUGUGUGAUCCACCCCCCCCCCUGCUGGUCUUUCACAAGACACUGAAAGAGGAGAUCAUUGUAACUGUGCAGAUCCAUACCAUAGGUUUAAAGAUCGUAAAGAUCUGUACCGUAGGUUUUUCUCAGCCAUUGUCAGUGCAGUCUGUGGAAAGUCAUGCAGUUAACUAAGUUUUUUUGAAUGUCAACAUAUUAAUAUAUUGCCAAAUAAAGUAUUAUUUUUGUUUUGGA